UCCACACAACCAAACAACAUAGCAUAGAGAGGCGAAGCGAAGAGAGCAAUAAUGGAGGGGAUUUCCAAGGUAGCAGUGGAGGCGGUGGUGAACAAGGUCAGGUCCGCGAUAAAGGAAGAGGCGGAGCAGUGGCAGAUCGUGAAGCGUGAUCUGAUGUUCAUCGUAGACGAGUUCGAGAUGAUGGAGUCUUUCCUCGGCUCCGCCGACAGGGAGGCGGCAGUGAAGACCAAUAUGGGGAGGACCUGGGUGAGGCAGGCCCGCUACUUGUCCCAUGAUCUUGAAGACUGUAUUGAGUUCAUCCGCCAUCUGGACACAGAUAAGAGGCGAUGGUGGCUCCGGUUGCGUCCCUCAUGCAGCUGCAGCAAAGAGGAAGCAGCAGCGCUGCCCGUGGAUAAAGCAGUCACCAAAAUAAAACUGCUCAAGGCCCGCGUCGAGGAAUUGAGCCAGAGGAACAAGCGGUACGGGGCCAUCACCAUCACCAGUGACGACUCUGCAGGCUCCAAGUUCCCCACGCCGCCGCCGCAGGAGGAGGUGGUGCCGGGGCCCGGCGGCACUGGCACAAGAGGAUUUGACAUCCUUGUUGAGGCAAGGCACACAGCGGCGAGGUACAGAAGUGUUGGUGACCUCACCAAGUUGGUCAUGGGGGGAAGCAACGAUAUUCAAGUGAUCUCAGUGUGGGGAAGUACAGGAGACGAUUUUGGGACAACGUCCAUCAUUAGGAGCAUGUAUGAUGAACCAGAAGUACAUAAGCGCUUCAGAUCCCGUGCCUGGGUGAAGGUGAUGCAUCCUAUCAACAUCCCUGAGCUCAUCAGGAGCUUGGUGGUUCAGUUCUACGCAAACUCUUGUCAACAAGACCAACAAGACGAAGACGCAGCCCUGUGGUGGCUGCUUUACCGCCGUCUAAAGAAAGGGAGAGAUGCCUUGUCGUGGACGGAAACCUCGGCUGGAGAUCUCGUAAAGGAGCUUGUGCGGAAGAUCAACGAGGCGCAGCCGUACCUCAUCGUCCUUGAAGACCUAUCCGCCAUGGAUCAGUGGGAUUCCAUCAGGCCGUACCUGAUGCGGGUGCCGGGCGAGAAGAAGGGCAGCCGUAUCGUUGUGUCCACACGCCACCGUGAAAUCGCAAGCCUAUGCACAGGGAAGCCGUACCGGGUGUCGGAGCUCCGGCGGCUCUCCGCUAGUCAGUCUAUCUGCGUCUUUUUCAAUACGGGUGCGACGAAUGUAACUGGUAUUGUCUCAAUCGAAGAAAUCGAAAAAAUGUGGAAGAACAGUCGCCUUGUUGGCCGCGACGCAGAAUUCAAGAAAGUUUUCAACCUAGUAAAGCGUAGAGGACCACACAACGGCAAACCUCGUGUGAUAUGCGUGUGGGGACUUCCUGGUUCAGGGAGAACAGCUGUCGUCACCAAUGUCUGCUAUAGGAUGCAGGACUUUCAAUAUAUGAGGAUACUCCGUAUGUACCAACCGGACAAUCUUAUGGGCUUUUGCCGGUGCCUGCUCUCUGAUAUCCCUUCAAGAUUACUCGAAGGCGAAACUCCCAUCCAAAGAUGCCAGUAUUUCCUGCGUAACUUUCGGUGCCUUGUCGUUAUUGAUGAGGUGAAGUCAAGGGAAGAAUGGAAGAUGAUAGAAGAUGCUCAGUUGAUAUCUGCAACAAGUGAAAGCUGCAUCGUCAUCGUUACCACAGAAGAAAGCGUUGCCGUACACUGUGCAGGCGCAGAGGAUCUAGUGUGCAGCAUCAAAUGUCUCCAACAAAAGGCAGCCGUUGAUCUCUUUCAACAGGCAUAUUAUGAUGAAUAUCAAAAAAUAAGAAACAAGCCUAAAAAGGAAGCAAUUCAGGAUAAAGGAAAUGGAAAUUUUUUUGAACAAGCAUGUGAAUAUAUUUUUGACUGGGGAAAACUAGCAUUUCCGAAUAAUGCAAACUCAUUUGAAGGAGAGACCUUCCAGAACAAUCGAAACUCGUUUCAAGGAGAGGCAUUUCAGAACAAUGCGAACUUGAUUGACGGACAGGCAUUUCAGAACAAUGUGGAGUCUUUAGAAGGACAUGAAUUUCAGAAUAAUGGAAAUUCUUUACCUGGACAGGCAUUUCAGAGUAGUAGUAUACACUUACUUGAAGGAGAGUCAUCCCAGAAUAAUGGAAAUUCUUUACCUGGACAGGCAUUUCAGAAUAGUAGUAUACACUUACUCAAUGGAGAGUCAUCCUCAUCCCAGAAUAAUGGGAACCAAAAGGAAUUUGAGCCGUUGUUUGAAGCGAACAGACAGGAUGAAUACGGAUUUCAGAAUAAUGGAAGCUUAAACGAGGUACAUGCAAGUGAGAAUAGUGAAAUAUAUGAUGAGCAGGCAUAUGAUAACGGUGUAAACUCAUUUGAAGAGGAGUCAGUUCAGCAUAGUGGAAAUUUGAUUGAAGAACUAAAAAAUCAGAAAAAUGGAAUGUUAUUGGAAGAACCUGAAAAGGAAGAUUCGUUGGAAGAACGGACAAGUCAAAAACGCAGUCAAUAUGUUCCUCUGGCCUGCAUAAAUGAAGCAUAUUAUGAUGAAUGUCAAAAAAUCAGAAACAAGCCUAAAAAGGAAGCAAUUCAGGAUAAGGGAAAUGGAAAUUUUUUUGAACAAGCAUGUGAAUAUAUUUUUGACUGGGGAGAACUAGCAUUUCCGAAUAAUGCAAACUCAUUUGAAGGAGAGACCUUCCAGAACAAUGGAAACUCGUUUCAAGGAGAGGCAUUUCAGAACAAUGCGAACUUGAUUGACGGACAGGCAUUUCAGAACAAUGUGGAGUCUUUAGAAGGACAUGCAUUUCAGAAUAAUGGAAAUUCUUUCCCUGGACAGGCAUUUCAGAAUAGUAGUAUACACUUACUUGAAGGAGAGUCAUCCCAGAAUAAUGGAAAUUCAUUACCUGGACAGGCAUUUCAGAGCAGUAGUAUACACUUACUUGAUGGAGAAUCAUCCCAGAAUAAUGGAAAUUCUUUACCUGGACAGGCAUUUCAGAGUAGUAGUAUACACUUACUUGAAGGAGAGUCAUCCCAGAAUAAUGGAAAUUCUUUACCUGGACAAGCAUUUCAGAAUAGUAGUAUACACUUAUUUGAAGGAGAGUCAUCCCAGAAUAAUGGAAAUUCUUUACCUGGACAGGCAUUUCAGAGUAGUAGUAUACACUUACUUGAAGGAGAGUCAUCCCAGAAUAAUGGAAAUUCUUUACCUGGACAGGCAUUUCAGAAUAGUAGUAUACACUUACUCAAUGGAGAGUCAUCCUCAUCCCAGAAUAAUGGGAACCAAAAGGAAUUUGAGCCAUUGUUUGAAGCGAACAGACAGGAUGAAUACGGAUUUCAGAAUAAUGGAAGUUUAAACGAGGUACAUACAAGUGAGAAUAGUGAAAUAUAUGAUGAGCAGGCAUAUGAUAAAGGUGUAAACUCAUUUGAAGAGGAGUCAGUUCAGCAUAGUGGAAAUUUGAUUGAAGAACUAAAAAAUCAGAAAAAUGGAAUGUUAUUGGAAGAACCUGAAAAGGAAGAUUCGUUGGAAGAACGGACAAGUCAAGAUAACCAAGAUAGGAUGUUUCUGGAGGACCCUAAUGUAAAAGCUAUCUUAUCGAAGAGCGGAGGAUUUCCCCAAGUAAUAGAUGCUUUAGGCAGAUACUUGGGCAGGCAACAUGUGCCCAAUAAUAAUAUACGCGCAACGGAGUGGCAUUGCCAGCGUCUGAUAACCAACUUCAUGCAGGAAUUACAGACCAACCCACAGUUUUACUGCUUAGGCGGCCUACUCGCCUGGAUGCGUUCCCACUUUUCGUCUUGUCCUCCAUCACUCAUGCGGUGCAUGUUGUAUCUCCGAAUUUUUCCUCAAGGACAAACCUUCGGACGGAAGCGUUUGGUGAGGCGGUGGAUCUCAGAAGGCUACACCAAGAACACUGAAAGCAAUAGCUUGUCAGACGAGGAGUACGCCGGGGAGCUCUUCGACAAGCUUGCAUCCCAGAGUGUGAUUGUGAUGCAGCAGCAGGAGGUUCGGUACGAGGUCAAUGGUUUCUUCCACGAGUACAUGAUCUCGCGGCCAAUGGAAGACAAGAUUUUAUCCCCGCUGGAAGUCUCUGUACUGGACGAGAGGCAUUGCAGAGUAACCACACAGACACAGGGCGUAGUGCAGCACCUCUCCGUGUGGAGCAACUGGGAGCGGAAAAACAGAGUUGUGUUCGAGAGCCUGGACUUGUCGCGGCUGCGGUCUUUCACCGUGUUCGGUCCGUGGAAGCCAUUCUUCGUCUCCGACAAGAUGGAAGUGCUCCGGGUGCUGGACCUGGAGGGUUCCACAGGUGUAAAAUAUGAAGACGUUGAUCGGAUAGCCAAGGUGCUACUUCGCCUCAAGUUCCUCUCCCUAAGAGGGUGCAAAGACAUCACUGACCUGCCGGAUUCCUUGGGGGGCCUCAGCCAGCUCGAGUCUCUGGACAUCAGAGGCACCUCCGUCGACACGCUUGGACCGUGCAUCACCAAGCUACAGAAGCUGCAAUACGUUCGUGCCCGGCGUCAACUGGAUGAGGACACCACCACCACUGUUGAGAGGGCCUUACAACCACAGCCACCAACAGAAACAUCAUCAUCAGCGACGAUAGCUGCCCUUGCCCCUGCCCCACCGUCAUCAACGAGCAGGCCAACUGGUACUACUAACCUGCUGCUCAUGUCCCGGCUUCGGAAGCCAGAGUGGAUGAAUCGCCGCCAGCGUCGUCGCCCGCUGCUUCCGGGCUCUCGUAAUGGUGUUGGUGCCGUGAGAUUGCACGGAGGAAUUGGGAAAAUGACGGCCUUGCACACUCUUGGUGUCAUCGACGUCAGCGUCGCAAGCGGGCGGGUUAUUUUGAGAGAGCUUGGGAAGCUUAGCCAAUUGCGGAAGCUUGGAGUGUCUGGCGUGAACCGGGAAAACGUUCACGACUUCUGUUCUGCCAUCGCUUGUCACAAGACCCAUCUGGAAUCCCUGUCAGUGUGGUUCAACAAGGACAUCAAUCGAGCUGGCUGUUUGGAUGCAAUCUCUUCAUCUCCGAUGAAACUACACAGCCUUGAGCUUUACGGCCAUCAAGACAACAAGUUGCCAUCAUGGAUGAAACUGCGACCGGUGCAUCAGAACCCGCUCAGCAAACUGGACCUGCAUAUGACCACCAUACCGCAAGAUGAGAUAGAUCAUGUGCUCGGGGAUCUACCCAAGCUAAGAAUACUACGUAUUUCUUUCGAGGAAUUUCAAGAUGGUCAUCUGCAGAUCCGGGGAGGUUUCAAAGCACUCCAGCUCCUUGAGAUUUCUCUAAACCACGGGUUACAGACCGUGACUUUUCACUCUUGGGCAAUGAACAAUCUUGAGGUCCUCAAGCUCUGCUGUAGCGACAACGUCGACGUGCAUCCAUCACUGCGGUUCUCUGGGAAAAACUGCCUCAACAGUCUCUACCAAGUCAUGCUUAGCGGAUACUGUCAGGACGCGAUGAAGCAGCAACUUCGUGAGCUUCCAUGGCCAUGGGAAAUCCCACCGGUUGUGACGGCAGAUUCACGUUCGUCCUGAUGAGUGCUGAGCCUAAUUAAGCAGCCUCUGUCAGUGUCAUCCUAUACGAUUUCGAGCUUGGGAGGAGUGGUGUGCUGCUGGUGGCCUAGUGAAGUUCGUUUCCUAUUGCUAUAUAUAUCAUUCUUGUUAUAUAUCUCAUUCUCUCUCUUAUAUAUAUAUAAUGACUCUGGCUGUGUAAUGACUCUGGUACCCCUAUCUUCCUAUAUAUAGAAUGACUCUGGUUGU